AUGUCUGCUGAACUAAAGAAUGAAACGGGUUCUGUUACACUUAACUCAGGCUACACUUUACCGCUAGUUGGUCUGGGUACAUGGAAAUCGGGCAAUAACGAGGUUUACGAAGCGGUUUUAGAAGCUUUGAAAACCGGUUACAGGCACAUCGAUGGUGCAGCAAUCUACGAGAACGAAGAGCAAGUUGGUAAGGCUAUCAAGGAUAGCAAAAUUCCACGUGAGGAGAUCUUCGUCACCACAAAACUAUGGAAUACCCAACAACGUACUCCCCAGGAGGCUUUGGACCAAUCCUUGAAAAGACUGGGACUGGACUAUGUGGAUCUGUACUUGAUGCACUGGCCAAUUCCAAUGAGACCGGAUUCUAUCGAGGACGGAAACCUUUUGACGAUUCCCAGGGUACAUGGUGAGGUUGAUGUUGACACGAACUGGGAUUUCAUCAAAACGUGGGAAUUGAUGCAAGAAUUGACCAGAACAAAGAAAGUGAGAACUGUUGGUGUUUCCAACUUCUCUAUUAAAAAUAUAGAAGAUUUGCUCGCUGCUCCAACAACAAGGUUGACACCAGCUGUCAAUCAGGUUGAACUACACCCUUUGCUACCACAGUACAAACUAUACGAGUUCUGCAAUGGCAAAGGUAUUCACUUAGAGGCCUAUUCGCCACUUGGAAGCACCGAUGCCCCUGUUUUAGACAACGAAGUUAUCAAAGCAGUUGCAAAGAAGAAUAAUAUUGAUGCUGGGUAA